UCUGCCACCGUGGCGUUACCUAAGCUGCCGGGAUAUUCUCCUAAUAAAAACCUGGGCAAAGAAAAGUUUCACAAGUCCCAGCAUUUUGACUAUGCCCAUGGAGUUCCAUUCUUGGUGGGAUUUGACAAACCUGGCAUCGGGGGAGAGCUGCUUUUGGGCCAGAAAUCCAAGCCCAAAUUCUCAAGUGAGGGGGGCAGUAAUGUACCCUCAUGGCUGGCAUUUGACAAACAGGUUCUCUGCUUUGAUGCUCACUUUCAAGAGCCUGUGUGUCAGAGGAGAGAAGAGACAUACAGAGUGAGAAAGUGUAAAAUUUUCUUAUAUCUGGAGGACAGUACUAUUCAGGUGGUGGAACCAGAAGUGAAGAACAGUGGAAUUUCACAGGGAACCCUGAUUCGGCGCCAGCGCAUCCCCCUUCCACCUCCUGAUGAUGGCCAGUUCUACACUGCUCACCACUUCAAUAUCAACCAGCAGGUGGUGCUGUUAUCCCGGACCUUCACGAUCACAGACUGUGACCCCUUCACGCUCAACUUCCUGAGGAAACAGGGGGUGCGCGUCAACCCUCCUGUUACCACCCCAGAGGACCCCUACACCAGUCUCCGCAAAGAGAUGGAGGACAGCAUGAAGCCUCUGCGACCGUACGAGAGACAGGACACACUGAGGCAGUUCCUGGACUACGACCAAAAAGUGCUGCGCUUCUUCUGCUACUGGGACGAUCCCGACAGCAAAACCGGAGGCCGCCGUGAGCUUGUACUCUGCUACUUCCUGUCUGACGACACCAUCGACAUCCGGGAGGUCUUCUACCGCAACUCAGGCCGUGACAACAUCCCCAAAUUCCUGAACCGGAGCAAGCUGCCCAAGAAUGCCCCUGCUCCCAAGCGCCAGCCCGGAGAAAUCACAGACCGCACGGUGCUCAACGUGUUUGGGCCAAUGGGGCACAAAGGCCGGUACCUUCUGGAUAAUCUCAAAACUGGUGCUAUCGAAGAGGAGUUCUACAAGGAUUCUGAUCUGACCCUUGGAGCAGUCGUCAACGUGUGGGGGAGGAAAGUGGUCCUCUGUGACUGUGACAACUUCACCAAGGAGUUCUACCGCUCCAAGUACGGCAUUGAAGACUUCACACCAAUUGAGUACAAAGCUGGCUCAGCCCCAAAACAGCCAAGGGAGGUGCCACCCUAUAAUGGCUUUGGGUCUGAGGAGGACUCCCUCUGCUCCUGCCAAGGCCUACUGCUCAAGCCCCCAAAGAAAGAUUUCAAGAAGAUGAUGGAAAAAGACAGGCAGGGUCUGGUGAGCCAUGUGCUCCAAUUUAUUGGUAAAAUGGUGUCAGACAAUCCUGUCGACACGGAGAGACUCUUCAUCAUCUCCUACUACCUCAGUGAUGACACCAUCUCUGUGUAUGAAAGGACCCAGAGGAACCUGGGUGUGAUGGGAGGUAAAUUCAUGGAGAGAGGAAGGGUUAAGAAGCCCAGGCAAGAGCUGUUUAAAAGCGAGUUAUCUGAGUAUUUCAAGGCGCAGGACCUGUACCUGGGAGCCAGGCUGUGUAUGAACUCACAGGAGUUCGAGCUGGUAGAUGCUGACGAGUACACCAUGAACUACAUGGAGCAGAAUGCAGAGGAGUUCUCCAUGGCUAACGUUGGAACCAUCCUGAGCAAGUUGAAAUCCCUUAGCGAGGACAAGCAGAAAGAGGUCAGACAGUUCCUGGCCAUGAGUGACCCAGGGAACACUGGAGUCAUACAGUACGAGUCUUUCAGGAGCUUACUGGCAGGGGAAGACUUCCAGCUUUCAGAACAUGAAAUCCGGACGCUUGCACGGAGCUACGCCGUGCAAGAGCAGAGGGAGACAGACCUGGGCCUGAUGCUGGCCAUGGCGCAGGAACAGCUGAAGAAGAACCACUUUGAGAGCUUCGCCGACAUGACUAAGGCCUUCGUCCACGAGGACCGGGACAGGACUGGAUGGCUGUCCACCGGGGAGGCCAGGAUCAUCUGUAAAGCCUUCAAGAUCCCAGUGGCUGAUGAACUGCUGAGUGCCAUCUUCAAAAAGUUUGAGAAUGAGGGAGGGGAACUGGACUACCAUGCCUUCAUUGCCAGAAUUAACUGGAAGGAGAACCCCUUGCCCCCGGUUCUGCCUGACGAUGUCAUGAGGCCCUUUUCUACGACAGAGAGUAAGCCCAGGCCUCUCAGCCAGUUGACGGUGGGCUACUCAGCUCUUGUGCAGGAGCUCUAUGGCCGUCCUGAAGAGGAGUGAACUGCCACAGUGGCAUCGUACUGUCUGUGUGUGUCACACCCCACUUCUCCUUUAUGUGACACCAAUGUCAGAAAAAUUAGCUGACCCUGUCUGAGGACCUCUUAGUUUAGAGAGCUAGCUGGGCCCUGCUUCUUCCUGCUACAUUUAUUCCUGUUCAGUGUUUCUCAACUCCUGUUGCUGAGGUCUUCUCCAAUGCAAUAUUCCAAGACUGCAUGUUACAGUGCAAUUUGGCUCAAAUCGCAGAAAUGACAAAUUAUCACUAAUAUAUCUUGCCUGAAAUUUAGAGAUGGAAAUAAGGCAGUUGAUUAGCCAUUAAGACCUGUCACACUCAUACUAUUUUAACCAUUGUCUUACUGCUUAUUUCCAGUUGGAUGAAGCCUUGAAUGGAGCAGCAGUAGGCCCGG